CCAAUGGUGACGUGGAUUCCCGCCGUUUCCCGCAGCCACGUCGUUUCGUUAUAACCCCGAACACCACUCUCAAGUCUUAACUCUCCGCUGUUCCCCAAAAGCUUUCUGACAGAAAUCCCUUCCUCUGCAAGAAGCGGAGGCCCAAGAAUUGAAACCCUAGACUUUUCAUUCGGCGUCAAUGGAACUUCGUUCUGGUAAAAGAGGCUCUAAACCUUCGAUCGAUGAUGGAUCGAAUCAUAGCCAUGAUGAUGCUGAUGCCAACGAUGAUUCCGAUAUCAGUGGGUCUGAUGUAGAAAAUUAUACACCAACUUCUGAUUCUGGCCUUGGCAGCUCUAGCGACGAAGGCGAAACGCGCAAAGAGGAAAAGGCACAGAGUGUUAAAUGGAAACCAAAGACCAAAAUGGCUGAUGUGGUUGCGUCUGACCAACAAGAUAGUUCAUUUGUUCCCGCAAAGCCUUCAACGGAAGAGAGCAUGUUGGAACCAAGCAGAAAUGAUACAACAGGUCAAUUAGCUCAGCCAAUAGCACCUAUGCCUCAUGGAUGGGAAUCAAGUGAGAGAGAAACUCUUCCAAAUAAAAAGCGAAAGAAAAAAGGAUCAUUAUUGAUGUGGGAAGUUUGGGAGGAAGUGAUGGAGAGAUGGAUAGAUGAGAAUUUUACUGCUAAUGUUGAUUUUGAUCAUCAGCAUGGAGUAACAAAUGAAGCUAUUGAGACGCCAUCUGAAUUGACAAUGCCUUUGUUGAGGUAUCAAAAAGAAUGGUUGGCAUGGGCUUUGAAACAGGAGGAGUCGGCAACAAGAGGGGGAAUUCUGGCUGAUGAGAUGGGAAUGGGGAAGACCAUUCAAGCAAUUGCACUUGUUCUUGCCAAAAGGGAAACAGUCCAUGUGAGUUGUGAUCCCAUUCAGCCCUCGUCGUCAUCUGGUUUGCCUGGGAUUAAAGCGACCCUUGUUGUUUGCCCUGUAGUUGCUGUGAGCCAGUGGAAGAGUGAGAUCGAACGAUUUACUGUAGAAGGAAGCACAAAGUUUUUGCUUUAUUAUGGGGCUAGCAGAGGAAAGAGUUCUGCACAGUUUGCAAAUUUUGAUUUUGUCAUAACGACGUACUCUACUGUUGAGGCUGAGUUUAGGAAAUACAUGAUGCCACCCAAGCAGAAGUGCCCAUAUUGUGGGAAGUCAUACUAUGAGACAAAGCUUGCAGUUCAUCUGAAAUAUUUUUGUGGCCCUGAUGCUAUAAGAACAGAAAAGCAGUCUAGGCAAGAGAAAAAAAAGGUGAAGAAUGCACCAUCUGUAUCAAAGCAGGGAAUAGUUAAGGGGAAUAAAAGUAAGGAAGCUUUGAGGAAGUCAUCGAAUCAGCCAGAUGAAGAGCCAUUGGAAAGGAAAUCAAUUUUGCACUCUGUGAAAUGGGAGCGCAUUAUUUUGGAUGAAGCUCAUUAUAUUAAAGAUAGGAGUUGCAAUACUGCAAAAGCUAUCUUUGCACUGGAUUCUUCGUACAAAUGGGCUUUAAGUGGCACUCCUCUUCAAAAUCGUGUUGGAGAACUUUACUCACAGAUACGCUUCCUGCAAAUACUUCCGUACUCUUAUUACUUCUGUAAGGAUUGUGAUUGCAGAACACUUGAUUUCAGAACUUCUGAGCACAGUUCUUCACGAGAAUGUCCGCAUUGCCCCCAUAGUUCCGUGAGGCAUUUUUGUUGGUGGAAUAAAUAUGUGGCUAAACAAAUCCAAAAGUACGGAAACUCUGGUGAAGGGGAAAGAGCCAUGAUAUUGCUUAAGAACAAAAUUUUGAAAAGCAUAGUGUUAAGACGCACCAAAAAAGGCAGGGCAGCUGAUCUUGCUCUUCCCCCUAGAGUAGUUUCUCUCAGGCGGGAUGCCCUGGAUAUUAAAGAAGAAGAUUAUUAUGAAUCAUUAUACAGUGAAAGUCAAGCACAGUUUAAUACAUAUAUUGAAGCUGGAACAGUUAUGAAUAAUUAUGCUCACAUCUUUGACCUUCUUACCCGCUUACGUCAGGCAGUUGAUCAUCCUUACCUUGUGGUGUAUUCAAAGACAAACGCUCUAAGAACUGGAAGUCCUGUUGAUGCUGGUGAUGUUGAACAAGUAUGUGGCAUCUGUCAUGACCCAGCAGAAGAUCCUGUGGUGACCUCUUGUUCCCAUGUCUUUUGCAAGGCUUGUUUGCUUGACUUUUCUGCUUCAUUGGGACAAGUCUCAUGCCCCUCCUGUUCAAAACCACUCACUGUUGAUUUUAAUGCAAGCGGCAAUACUGAAAACCAGUCUAUGAAAAGAACCAUUAAGGGAUUUAAGUCCUCUAGUAUUCUGAACAGAAUACGGCUAGAAGAUUUUCAGACAAGCACAAAGAUAGAGGCUUUGAGAGAAGAAAUUAGAUUGAUGGUUGAAAGGGAUGGUUCAGCAAAGGGAAUUGUAUUCAGCCAGUUCACAUCAUUCUUGGAUCUUAUAAAUUACUCCCUCCACAAGUCAGGCAUAAGUUGUGUUCAAUUGGAUGGAAGCAUGACCCUGCCUGCAAGAGACGCUGCCAUAAAGAGAUUUACUGAGGAUUCAAACUGCAGGAUUUUCCUCAUGAGCUUGAAAGCAGGGGGCGUUGCUCUAAAUCUUACAGUAGCAUCACAUGUUUUCGUAAUGGAUCCGUGGUGGAACCCAGCUGUGGAGAGGCAAGCACAAGAUAGAAUCCACCGAAUUGGACAGUACAAACCAAUCAGGAUUGUGAGAUUUGUUAUCGAGAACACGGUUGAGGAGAGAAUCUUGAAACUUCAACAGAAGAAGGAAUUGGUGUUUGAAGGGACUGUAGGUGGUUCCUCAGAGGCUCUGGGAAAAUUAACAGAGGCAGACUUGCGAUUUUUGUUUGUGACAUAGUAUAUGACUGCAGUGCUACUCAGGAAGACAUGAUGAUGCCAUUGUUUAAUCAUCUGGCCAUCAAUUCGGAUGAAGCAGAGACUAGUUGUCCUAUGAUUUUGAACUCACCUGCUUCCUUAUAGCUCUGCAGCUCGCUUCUAUUAUAUACAAUCCUGUUCGAGAAGUAACGCUGUAUGAUCUUCUAUGCAAUACUAAAUUACUGCAACAUCUUUGAAACUUAACCGAUUCAUUCUCCAUGGAGAGACAUGCAGGGGUGUUUAUCAGCCUGCCCAUCUGAAGGCACAUGCUAAUGGUGGUUAUAAGCACGCCAGCAUUUAGACUGUAAGGCUUCUGUAGUGGUAUUGUUGGGAGGAGAUGAUUCAAUUUUUUUUAAA